AGUAUCAAUGGAGACGAUGAAGCCAUGGCCAAGCUCUCCCGCCAUAACCAGAAUCCACGCCACCACCACCACCAACACCAUGAUUCUCCGACCAUCCCAAUCCCUUCUUUUCCCUCAAGCUUCCCUUUUACCUUCCCCAAAACUCCCCACCAAAAAAGCCCCUAACGCCAUCGCCAGAAAGCCCCAACUUUCGGAGCAUCCAAACACCCCCACCUCCGACUCCGGCCUCCUUUUCCGGGAAAAAAUCCUCUACCUCGAGAACCACCUCAACGUCGAUUCCCACAAAGCCCUAACUCUAAACCCCCAUUUCCGCUCCGCCCCUCUCUCCACCGUCAAGUCCGUCGAGCUUUGCCUCUCCUCCAUGGGCAUCGAACGCUCCGCCAUCGGCCGCAUCCUCGACAUGCACCCGAAGCUCCUCACCUCCGAUCCCGACCUCGAUCUCUACCCGGUCUUCGAUUUCCUCCUCAACGAGGUUGGAAUCCCCUUCCCCGACAUCCGGAAAUCCAUAAUCCGGUGCCCUAGGCUCCUCGUCUGCAGCGUCGACGCCCAAUUGCGGCGAACCUUCGAUUUCUUGACGAAUCUAGGGUUCGUCGGUCGCAACUCGAUCACCUGCCACACGGCUCUGCUCUUGGUUUCCAACGUCGAAGGCACACUCUUGCCGAAGAUGGAGUAUUUGCAGCAGAGCCUAGGGCUGUCUUACGAGGAAGUUGUGACGAUGGUGCUGAGAUCGCCGGGGCUGCUGACGCUCAGCGUGGAGAACAAUCUCGUGCCGAAAGUUGACUACUUUUUGACGGAAAUGAAAGGGGAAGUUGCGGAGUUGAAGAGGUUUCCGCAGUACUUUUCGUUUAGCUUGGAGAGGAAAAUUAAGCCCAGGCAUAGGCUUUUGGUUGAGCAUGGAUUAUCGGUUCCAUUGUCGAGAAUGUUGAAGAUCAGUGAUGGAGAGUUCAAUGCUCGUUUGCUUGAGACGCGAUUGAGAAUGGUGGAAGACAGAUAGUUUGUUUGUUGUUGUAAGGCUCUCAUAGAUAUUUAGGAUUGUUGUGGUUUGGGUUUCUCUGGCCUCACUUGGAUAUGAUUCCAAACUUAAGUUCUACCGCUGGGGUAUUGUUGCAGGGCUUAAGUCAGUGUUGUAAAAGCCUUUUUUUUUUUUUUUUUUAAUAUAAGAUUGGAUUGAACCCGCAGCCCUACCGCCUACCUCCACCUCAUCCAAACUCCCGACGCCAAAAGGCCAAAUGGUCUUAGGCGUGCUAUAAAGGCAUCUUAGAGAUGCAGAAUGAAAGGAAAAAUAAUUACAUUGCACGUAAGCAUCCUUUUUGCUUGGACAUAUGGGAAUGGGCAAUUUGUACGGCCGUGUUAUUCCAGGUUGAGCUGCUGGGUAGGCUCGUUAAACUGGGAAAAAGAGUCUGAGUUGGGCUUGUUUUGGGUAAAGGCCUCUUUUUUCUCACAGUAUACCUUCCACAAACUAGUCCAGAACCAGAAGUUGAUACUCAAUAGGAUUCCAACUCAAACUUGGGCCUUUUGUUUUGGACAAGACUCUAGGAGUUGCUGAACUGUGAAAUUUGUGGGUUAUAAUGUGAAUUCCUUCCACUGUCUUCACAUUAAAAAAGGGGGAAAAAAAAAAGGAAUGAAAGAAUGAAAAUGAAGGUCAAUAGAGAGGGACUUGAGGGGGAAUUUCUUUUAAGAUCACGAGCUUGGUUUUGCUUUCUUUAGUUUUGAAUAUUCAU